CGGAGCGCGACAGCUAGGCCAGGCAGCAGCGCGGCUGCCCAGGGUGCAGCAUGACGGCCAUCGGCGCACAGACCCAGAGGCUGAUGGGCCCUAAGAGGCCCCACCGGUCCUUCUUUGAGUCCUUCAUCCGGACACUAAUCAUCGUGUGCUCGGCCCUGGCUGUGGUCCUCUCCUCGGUGUCUAUCUGCGACGGCCACUGGCUCCUGGUGGAGGACCGUCUCUUUGGGCUGUGGUACUUCUGCACCAUCAGCAACCACAGCGGUCCACACUGCCUGAGAGACCUGGACCAGGCUCACGUGCCCGGGGUGGCAGUGGGCAUGGGCCUAGCACGCACUGUGGCUGCCAUGGCUGUGGUGGCUGCCAUCUUUGGCUUGGAGCUGCUCAUAGUGUCCCAGGUGUGUGAGGAUGUCCGCUCACGGCGCAAGUGGGCCAUCGGUUCUUACCUCCUGUUGGUCGCCUUCGCCCUCUCCUCUGGGGGCCUCCUCACCUUCAUCAUCCUCCUCAAGAGUCAGAUCACCUUCAUGGGCUUCACCCUGAUGUUUUGGUGUGGAUUCACUGCCUCCUUCCUCUUCUUCCUCAAUGCCACCAGCGGCCUUCACAUUAACAGCCUCACGCAGCCCUGGGACCAGCUAAGAAAAGUCUAAGACCCCGCCAGGGGGCCCUAGCUUCUAUAAGAAAGCACGGUCAUGACGGGACUUCUCUGACAUAGGACCUCUGGCUGGAAUUGAGACAAUAAGCUCUACAAAUGGCCCCGGACUCGGGGGGCGUCUCUUCAACUGACCCCCAGGCCAGAGGCCAGAAAAGUGCCUCAGUACCACAGGACACAAGCUGUAGAGGUUAGCCAAGCUUUUAAGAUGUCAAUUGUAAAAUAAGAAGGAUGUUCUAAAACUUCUUCCUUGGGUGUUUUCUUCCCUGGACCGGAGGAGACUUUGAAAGACACCAGCAGUUGGUUCCAGGCUGUCUGCCCAGCUAAGCAAGGUUCACACCUGUUUCGUGGAUAGCACUGGCAUGUGGGCUGGAGGGGCCCUGGGACAGUUUUUUUCUUCUGUAUAUGCCUGUGCUGUGUGUGUGUCUGU